GGAAACCAUCUCCGUGGCAACCUCGAGCCUCUGGGCUCUGCCUCAGAGCUGCUCGCCCAUCCCCAGGACCCUGUGGGGCAGGAUGAAGCUGCUGGGUGCUGUGUUGCUGGCUGCCAGCCUGCUCAGCACUGCUGCCCAGGGGGAGCAGCCCCCCUGGCCGGACGAGCCUUCGCGGACCUGCUUCUUCCAGAUGCUCAGCAGCGUGGACAGUGAGUUCUGCAGAGGGGAUUUAGAAAUUAUCUACCCGGAGCUGGGCGAUGUGGGCUGCACGUACAUCCCCAAGUGCCACCAGUACCGGCAGCGGAUCAGCAGGGAGUGGGGCAGCCCCCGUGUGCGGUACCCCCAGGCUGAGAAGAGCAAGAAGUACGUGCUGGUGCUGGUGGACCCCGAUGCUCCCAGCAGAGCCAACCCCAGGAACCGUUUCUGGAGGCACUGGCUGGUCACCGACAUCCCGCGUUUUGCGGAUGCCCCAUCAGAACCGGGGGUGAUGGGGGUGCCCCAGCGAGCGCUGGGGACAUCGAGGGGCACCUGCCCCCCGGCUCCAUGGGGUGAAUGGGGGGAGAUCCUGGUGGACCUCGUGGAGAAGGACCAGGCUCGUGCCAAAGCCCAGCGCGGCGAAGCAGCCGUGCAGAGCGAUGCAGAUUACGUCCGGCCCAUGCCCCCGCCCCGCAGCGGGUACCACCGCUACCAGCUCCGCCUGUACGAGCAGCCGGCUCACGAGGCCAUCGCCCUGAGCCCCGAGGAGCGGGUCUCGCUGG